AUGAAGUGGUGCGAGUUGUGCAAGCGUACGGCGCGGAUCCACUGCGAGUCGGACCAAGCGAGCUUAUGCUGGUCCUGCGACGCGCGAGUUCACUCCGCCAACUUCCUGGUGGCCCGUCAUUCCAGGAACCUGCUCUGCCGCGCGUGCCAGUGCCCCACGCCGUGGUUCGCCUCCGGCGCUGAGCUCGGGCCCACCGCCUCCGCCUGCGUGAAAUGCGCCGACCGGAGGGAAGACGGCGGGGACUACCCGCCGGAGGUGGUGGAGGAGAUUCCGGUGGUGCCGUGGUCGCCGCCGGCCGAGAGCAGCUCGAGCGCCGAGGAGGAGGCAGAGGCCGACGGGGAUGCGGUGGUGUUUGGAAAACGACGUCGUUUGUACGGUUCUUCUGGAAAUAGCGGAUCCAAUGAAGGCGAAAGCUGGUCAUCUUCCUCGGCGCGUGCGACGGUGCGGCCAAAUGCGGGUACGAGUCGGAUCGGUGCACGCGGGUCGGCGCAGAUUGGAGUCAAAGAUGGGCAUUUGACCAGGGCCGGAGGUCGCAAUUUACCAGGGCCGUCGGCCCGUCGAUAUGAAUGA